CUUGAUGCCGCCCCCCCUUUUGUUGCCAGUGGACAAUCACCUGUUUCGCCAGGUACUACGAGCCUUAUAUUUUAAUCAUUGGUGUUGGAGAUUCUCCUUGGUUUCAUACCUUAUAAUUGGAGGACUGGGUUGUGUUGGCCUUGAUACCCAACCUCUUCUCACUCCCUCACUUUCAUCUCUCUACCCCGACCGCAUUCAGCUACUAGCUAGCACCAUACAUCUAUCUGGGGAACGCGAUCGCGUGCAACCUUUGUUAAUCUCCUGGAUGGCUCUGUUUUCUUAAUUUGCGAGUGUAUUUGAAACUCGCGUAUCUUGCGAGACCGACGUUACGACAUCCUAAAGUACCUUAUUAGACGACUCCGCUACGCCCUAAACCAUUAACCCUGGCCUGGGUUACGGUCAUAUAUUGUAAUCAUGUUGGAAGGAGUGGUCGCGAACCUGCUCAACCGAUUCCUGGGCAUCUAUGUUAAGAAUUUCGACGCAAAACAGCUUAACAUCGGAAUCUGGUCAGGCGAUGUCAAACUUCGGAACCUGGAGUUACGACGGGAAGCACUCGAUCAACUACGCCUUCCUCUAAAUGUUGUUGAAGGUCACCUGGGCGAGCUCACAUUGUCGAUUCCCUGGUCGAAUUUGCGGGGAAAGCCUGUUAAGGUCGAUAUCGAGGAUGUGUUUCUUCUAGCCGCCCCAAAGGAAGACGCAGACUAUGAUCCAGAGGAAGAAGAAAGGAGAGCACAUGCUCUCAAGAUGGAGAGGAUUGAGAGCGCGGAGAUUCUCAAAGAGAAGAAUUCGGAGGGGAUGAGCCAGGAAGAGCAACGCAGGAACCAGAGCUUCACACAAAGCAUGGUGACUGCUGUGGUUGAUAACCUCCAGAUCUCCAUAAAAAACGUACAUUUCCGUUACGAAGACUCCGUCGCCUCACCCGGCCAUCCAUUUGCUGUUGGCGUGACCCUGAAAGAGCUCAGCGCUGUCAGCACCGACUCCGACUGGAAACCCACUUUCAUUCAGUCUACAUCCGGAACCACACAUAAGCUGGCAACCCUUGGUGCCCUCUCAGUUUAUUGGGAUACUGAUGCAGAUCUUUUGGGUACGGGCCGAGGUUCAGAUAUAGGCGCAGAAGCUCAAGGUAUCAGCCGGGGAGAGCUGAUGGAUAGGUUAAGAUCCGGCAUUGACAAUGAUGGGAAUAAGCAAUUUAUGCUUCGCCCAGUCAGUGGGCGUGCCGGCCUAGAAAUGGACAAAUCUGGUCUGUACGACCGGCCCGCCAUGAAGACACGAUUGUUGUUUGAUGAGCUGAGCUUUGUCCUCGAUGAUGAUCAAUACCGAGACGCCCUAAUGCUUGUGGAUCUUUUCCAUUACUUUAUCCGCCACCAAGAAUAUAAGAAGUUCCAGCCCAAGAGCACGCCCAAGGAAGACCCUCGAGCUUGGUUCAGGUUUGCUGGAAAGGCUGUGUUAAGCAAGAUUCACGACCGAAAUCGACGAUGGUCAUGGGAUUUUAUGAAAGAACGACGAGACGACCGCAUAGCUUACAUUAAUCUUUUUAAAAAGAAGAAAAGGGAAGAAAUCUUGUCACCGGAGGAAGCUGAAGACCUGGCACGGCUGGAACGGAAACUAAACUACGAGGAUAUUCGCUUCUGGAGAUCAUUGGCGAGAAACCAAUUGCGCAAAGAAAAUGUUGGUGUCAAGAAACCUGCACAGCAACAGACUUGGUCUGAGUGGAUAUGGGGCACCAAGAAAGAAGAGUCCGAGGAGACCGCCAUUACCGAGGAGCAACGUCAGGAACUCUACAAUGCAAUUGACUGGGACGAGAAGAAGGCAAUUAGCGAGAGUGUGGAUGUUCCCAGGGAAUGGGUCAAGCUUCAAGUCAAUUCAGCACUCAAAGCGGGAAGCUUUACAUUGAAACGUGAUCCUCACGGAAAAUCGAAUGAAGUUAUGAAGCUGGUAUUCGACAACUUCCAGGCAAAAGCUUUACAGCGCCCUGACUCCUUCUUUGUGGAUGUGGGCCUAGGAGGCUUGCGAGUAUACGACGGAACAACUGAAGGAAGUCUCUUCCCUCAAAUUGUCAAGGUCAAAGAUUCUUCAGAGACAGACAAUCGUCUAACAGAAGUAUCUGACAUUGAUGAUCUGGCCACCGAAAAAAUCGAGGAGAGUGCUGAAGACGAGAACAGCCUUUUCCACUUUCAGCUUGAGAAGAACCCGCUUGAAAGUGACGCAGACUCGGUUGUCAAAGUCAGAAUGAAGAGUAUCGAAGUCAUCUACAAUCCCAGGUUCCUUGUAGAGAUUGUCAAAUUCUUCGAGCCUCCAGAGCGACACAUGGAAUCUAUCGGUGCACUCUUAGAUACAGCAGGAGCCACCGUGGAAGAGAUUCGACAGCAGACCCGAGCAGGCUUGGAGUUUGCUUUGGAAGAGCACAAGAAGGUCGAUGCACAGUUCGACAUUCAUGCACCCUUAUUCAUCGUUCCAGAAAGUAUCACGCAAGAAAGUUCCCUUUGUUUAAUCCUGGACGCUGGUCAUAUCAGCGUGAACAGCGAAUUGGUCGACCGGCAGACUAUGAAAGACAUUCAAGCCAAGCAGAAGCGGCAGUACGAUGAGGGCGAUUACAAAGAGCUCGAACAUUUGAUGUACGACAGAUUUUUGAUCAAGCUUGAUUCCACGCAGGUUCUUAUCGGCCCUGGAAUUGACACUACCAAGUCUCAACUUAGUUCUGGUGUUACAUCAAAGAAUAUGCAUAUCAUCGAUCGUAUCAAUGUCGAUUUUGUGUUAGAAAUGUGCAUUGUGCCCAAGGUCACCGAACUGACAAGGACCCGCAUAUCUGGACAUCUUCCAGAGUUACAUGCGUCCAUGUCCGAUACUAAAUAUAAGGGUCUGAUGAAGUUGAUCGACAUUGCCAUUCCACAAUUUGAUGAUGGCAACCGCGAACCAGACAACACGACCAAUCUCAAGCCAGAGGAGACAAUCGUGUCCGGCAGGGCAAGAUCAUCGUCCUUCCAACCGCCUGGUCUGAGGGAGCUCCCUGUUGUUGAUGAAGAUUCAGAUGAUGAGUCGAGCGGCGAAGAAACAAGAAAGAGCAUUGACAAACCUGCCAAUAUCCAUCGUCGAGACUUUGAAUUUAAGUUUACUGUUGGUCGCUUGCGGGGUUCAUUGUUUCGAUCCGAUGCGAAUGACCAGCAGAAUGACCACCUCCUGGUUGAACUGGUGGCUGAAGGAUUUGAACUGGACUUCUAUAUGCGGCCGUUUGAUAUGGUCGCAGAAGUGGUUUUGAAGUCUUUAAGCGUGGAUGAUUAUAUCGAAGAAAACCCUGUCCCGGAAUUCAAGAGAAUCAUAUCGUCCAAGGGGUUCAACGCAGACGAAGACAAAGAUCUUUUCCAGCUGAAGUUCGUUCGAGUUAAACCAGAGUCUCCUGAAUUCGAGUCAACAUAUGAAGGCGUCGCAAUGAAUCUUGAUAUUUCUGUCUCUACAAUCAAUCUCGUUGUCACCAGAAAAACGCUCCUGACGCUUUUGGACUUCAUUCUUCUCACGUUCACGAGUCCGCAACAACCAAACGAUCAGACCCCCCAGUCAGAUCGUACUAUCCAGGACACCACCAACGUUGAAGAGCAGCCACAGCAAGGCGGAAAAAUCCGCAUUAAGGCGGACCUGAAAAGUAUUGCACUCAUUCUCAACAACGAUGGGGUCAGGCUUGCUACGCUCAGUCUCAACACCGCUGAUGUUGGCAUUUUCCUCGUGGGCCGUUCUAUGCUUAUCCAAUCCCGGAUUGGAAGCUUGACGCUGGUAGACGAUGUCAAUGUGGGUGCACCGGAGACCUCUGAUCUUCGCAGGCUCUUGACCAUUGAGGGUGACAAUUUUGCCGAUUUCAAAUACGAAACCUUUGAUCCGGAGGGUCCCAAUUACCCUGGCUAUGAUUCCGAAGUCUUCCUACGGUCUGGGUCUAUCAAGAUAAAUUUCUUGGAGGAACCGUAUCGGAAAAUCAUGAACUUUUUGGUCAAAUUUGGCAAGAUGCAAGCUAUCUUCAACGCUGCUCGCCAAGCGGCUGCCAACCAAGCAACAAACCUUCAGGAAAACGCCUCGCGGAUGCGAUUCGACGUCGUGGUCAAGACUCCGAUUUUGGUAUUCCCACGUGCCAUGAAAGAUGAUGGUGAUCGAGAUACAAUCACCGCCCAUCUCGGAGAAAUUUAUGCCAAUAAUCGAUUCGUUCCUCUUGAUGACGAGAAUGAAAACAGCCCUGCCGUCAAUUUAAUUUCCACUGGUAUUCGGAACAUCCGUCUAACUUCCAAGUUCCACUUUGAAGGAGGCUUGGUCGAAGAGCUCGAAAUGAUUCAGAAAGUGAACCUUGACUUUAUCAUUUGCUAUCUGGAACACCAGGAAGAUAAUCCACGCCCAGAUAUGGAGAUCGAAGGCAACAUGUCUCCUAUCAACCUUCGGGUCUCGCAGAACCAACUCAAGUUCUUGCUAGAGCUGUCCAAGACGGUUCCCGGUGCUUUUGCGACUGAUACGGAACAACAAGAACUCGAAGCCAUGGAAGCACUUCCUUCGUCAGUAACAGAGCCAACAAAGGAAGGGAACUCUAAAGGGGUGAAAGCCGGAGACGUAUCACAAGAGGUCGAUGCCAGUAAAGAAACUUGGGUUCGACUUGAUAUGGUAUUCAAAGUGGAUAGUGUUGGCUUGGAGCUUAUUCUCGCGAAAGACAACGAACCGAUUGGUAAUCUUGAAGACUCCAGUUUGUCCAAGUUCUCACUCAACGACACAAGAGUCAAAUUGCGUAUGCUCACAGAUGGUUCUCUGGAUUCUGAGCUCCUGAUCUACUCUCUUUCCAUUCGCGACAGUCGCAGCAAGGAUACGAACAAGUUCAGAAAGAUCAUGUCUUUGAUCAACAAUGAUGUCCAGCAGCAAUUUAUGGCUAGCCUCUCUAUGUCUCCAAACAAGCACCUCAUCGCGAUGUUGACCAUUGACAGUCCCUGCAUCAUUCUUGCCUUGGACUACCUGUCUGCUCUACAGUCUUUUAGCAACUCUGUAUUCGCAUCGGAUGAGCCCGAGGUGGAAGAAGAAGAAGAUGGCGACGAAUCGCCAGACGAGUCGGAGCCGCGAACCAGUGCUGCUGAAAGCACCAACAAAGCUGCGGCUUCUUCACCAAGUGGAGAUGCCCCGGCUCCAGCAGGGCAAAUGACGGUCUCUUUUAGAGUGGAUCUUGUUGAUGCACAGAUUAUUACAAUUGCGAACCCUGCUAUCACAAACACGGAAGCCAUAGUACUUGGGACGAAGCAGGUUCUCUUUUCUCAUCAGAACGUUUCAACCUUGCAAAUAAACAAGGUUGGCAUGUUCCUGUGUCGUAUGGAUAAGUUUGAGACGAGCAGGCUGCGUAUUCUGGACGAUUUUACGCUUGAAAUGUCCAUGGAUAGCCGUCCUCAGGAGAAAGGAUCGUCUUUAACUUCCAUUAAUGUGCACAUCGAUCCCCUGGUUUUGCGCCUUUCACUGCGUGAUAUCUUGAUGGCAAUCCAGAUUGUGAACAAGGCCUCUGAGAUGACAGCUCGGGCCUCGCAAGAGGUCGAAACUGGUGAAGCGAAGAAGUUAUCAGACGGUAAAGGCGGCAGCGCUAGAUCUAGACGAAGAUCGAUUGGCAAGUCAACCUCAACGGCAGCCCCAAAAACCAAUCAAGGCCUGAAUGAAUCCAAUUCUGGUCAGAGACCGCAGCGUUCCGCAGUUCUCAAACGCGAGGAGUUGACUGCUCAGAUUGACGGUGUCAGAGUCAUUCUCAUCGGUGACCUACACGAUCUCCCACUACUCGAUUGGAGCGUAAAGAAGUUCAACGUCGAUGUUCGCGAUUGGUCAUCUACACUCAAUGCCGAUACCAAUUUUGAUACCUUUGUUAAUGUGUACAAUUUCUCCAAGUCAGCAUGGGAACCGCUCAUAGAACCUUGGCAAUUGGGAUUCCAUAUGGCAAAGGAAGUGAAUCCGGAAAUUCUUUCUAUUGAUGCCUACUCCCACAAGACGAUGGAACUCAGUGUCACCUCGGCUACGAUUGCUUUAGCGUCCAAGUCUUUCCAGUUCCUUUCAACUGACGAGGACGUUCUUUCUAAACCAAGAGGUGCCGAUGCACCUUACCGGAUUCGCAAUUACACUGGUUUUGACCUUCGGGUUUGGGCAGAUGUCAGUCCGGAAGAAGACGGGCCAGCUGCGAAGCUUACUGAUGGCGAGGAAUAUCCAUGGAGAUUCGAAGAUUCAACGGCUAUGCGUGAAACACUUGCACCAGAGGGCCACGGUGGCUCUGUUGGUGUCAAGCUUGAAGGAAGCGGUUUUGAAAGUGUCAACCGAAUUCCUGUUGUUCGAGAGGGAGAGAUCUUGUAUAACCUGAAGCCGAAGCAAGAUGGCAUUCUGCACAGACUUCUCGUCGAUGUCAAAUUAGGUGCCGACAACGUCAAGUAUAUCACGUUCCGCUCUCCGCUUGUUAUUGAAAACAACACGCAGAUCCCAGUCGAGUUGGGUAUCUUCAAUCCCGAAGAGGGUCACCUUCUCAAGAUUGAGAAGAUCCUUCCUGGCGACGCUCGACCUGCGCCUGUUGGAGCAGCCUAUAUGCAUUCUGUUGUCAUUCGUCCUGAUCAGGGCUUCGGAUACGAUUGGUCAAACGAGCAGUUGUUCUGGAAAGACCUCAUGCGACGACCGACUCGGACUAUUAAAUGUUUGAGCGAAGGGGGCCAGCAGGCUCCUCCUUUCUACUUCCAGAUGAACGCAACGUUUAACCCGAAGGACUCACUGACCAAGGUUUAUCCUUACAUGAAAAUCCGAAUUUUCGCGCCUGUUGAGAUUCAAAAUCUGCUUCCAUAUGACUUCAAGUACCGAAUUUAUGAUAAGAACACAAAGAAAGACUGGACGAACUUCCUACGCAAAGGCGGUAUCAGCCCAGUUCAUGUCGUUGAAUUGUCUCACUUGCUUCUACUGAGCAUUGACUUGGAAGAUACGGUUUUCCGACAAAGUGACUUUGCUAUCAUCAACGGAAAUGCCCAAGAUUUCAGGAGAGAACAUGUUUUGUCUUUGAAGGACGAGAGAGGCAUCCAAUUGAAGCUGCGGCUUCAUUAUUUCAAUGUUCCUGACAGUGGUGGUGCCUUCAAAGUGUCUAUCUACAGUCCUUACCUCAUAUUGAACAAGACUGGACUCGCAAUGGAAAUUCAAAGCAAGGCCUUCCUCCAGUCGGCACGAUCGGCAGCUGGUCAGGGACUGAGGGCAGACUCAAGGCACGGCGGACGGACACUCCCAUACAUGUACUCCUACCCAACAGAUGAUCAGAAGAACCGGUCGAUGCUGAAGAUAGGUGAAUCCGCCUGGAGCAAGCCCCAAAGUUUCGAAGCCAUCGGAAGCACAUUCGAGGUCAUGCUACCAGAUCGGUUUGGUCGAUCUGAGUUCCACUCGGGAGUGUCAGUCGCUGAAGGUGAAGGCAAAUACAAGAUGACCAAGGUCGUCACCAUUUCACCUCGCUUCGUUCUCAAGAAUAAAUUGAGCGAAGACCUCUUGGUUCGUGAGCCUGGGUCGUCUAACGUUCUUAACAUCAGCAGCGGCGAACUGGCGCCUCUUCAUUUCCUGCGCCAAGUUGCAGAGAAGCAACUUUGUCUCUGUUUCCCAGGCGUGAACAACCAGUGGUCGUCGCCAUUCAACAUUGCGGAUGUUGGAACUGUGCAUGUGAAACUUGCCAAGGCCAACCAACGCCAGAAGCUUGUCAAGGUUGACAUUGUUAUGGAAGAUGCAACACUCUUCAUUCAUUUUAACAUCGAGACUCGGAAUUGGCCAUACUCCAUGCGGAAUGAGAGUGACACUGAAUUCAUUUUCUACCAAGCUAACCCGAAUGUGGAAGAUGAUGAGGAUGACAGAACAAGUGGCUGGCGGCCGAUUCGUUAUCGCCUCCCUCCUAGGAGCAUAAUGCCAUAUGCAUGGGACUACCCGGCUACCAAAAACAAAUCUCUUGUGCUGACAUGCAAUGGCAAAGAGAGACACGUCAAGCUUGCUGAGAUCGGAAACCUGAUACCGAUGAGGAUACCUCCAACGCAACACGGUGAUUCCCAGAGGAUUAUUGACAUCAACAUUGUGGCCAACGGUCCUACUCAAACCCUUGUCCUGUCAAACUUCAAGCCUUCGAAGAGUCUUUACAGACAACAAAGGGGACAGUCUUCCCAGGCAAGCUUGAGCACCGGCUUUGAAGUCAAGGAAAUGAAUUCAGAUGUCAACUUCAAAGCCCAGCUCCGCCUUGGAGGGGUUGGUAUCUCUUUGAUCAACCAGAAUCUCAAGGAGCUUCUUUAUCUUACCUUCCGCGAGAUUGAGGUCAAGUUCAGGGAGUCCAGAGUGUAUCAAACUUUGAACACCACGAUCAAAUGGAUUCAAAUCGAUAAUCAACUCUAUGGGGGUAUUUUCCCCAUUCUGUUGUAUCCAAGUGUCGUUCCAAAGACUGGAAAGGAAAUGGAGGCCCACCCAAUCUUUCACGCCAUGGUUACGCGUGUGAAAGACGACUCCUAUGGUGUUCUUUACAUCAAAUAUGCCACCGUUCUUCUGCAGCAGAUGACAUUGGAACUCGAUGAAGAUUUCAUCCUGGCGAUGCUGGACUUUGCCAAGAUUCCUGGAGCUUCGUGGUCCGAGGAACAAGAAGGCCGGCUCUGCGAUGAAGACCUCAACAUCCCAGAACCGCAGCAAGAGGGAACCGGUCAAGAUGUGUACUUUGAGCUCCUUCAUUUGCAGCCGAUGCAGGUUGAUAUCUCAUUUAUGCGUACUGAACGCGUCAAUGUUGAAGACACUAUGCAACCUUCGAAUCCAUUUAUGUUCAUCGUCAAUGUCAUGACCAUGUCAAUGGGCAACAUCAACGAUGCCCCCGUUCGUCUGAAUGCUUUGAUGCUGGAGAAUGCUCGAGUCUCGUUUGGUGUACUUGUCAACAACAUCACACGACACUACACUCAGGAAUUCUUACGUCAAGUCCAUAUUGUUCUUGGAUCAGCGGAUUUCUUAGGAAACCCUGUUGGUUUGUUCAAUAACGUCAGCUCCGGUGUUGCAGCGAUUUUCUAUGAGCCGUAUCAAGGACUGGUUAUGACCGAUAGGCCUCAAGAACUGGGCUACGGUAUUGCCAAGGGAGCCACCAGCUUCGUCAAGAAAUCCGUAUUUGGAUUUUCAGAUAGUAUGGCAAAACUUACUGGAAGUAUGUCCAAGGGUCUUGCUGCUGCCACUCUGGACAAGGAAUUCCAGAACCAGCGUCGGAUGUCAAAAUCACGAAACCGUCCCAAGCAUGCGCUCUAUGGUAUUACCGCCGGUGGAAAUGCGUUCGCGAGUAGCUUGGCAAGUGGUAUCGGUGGCCUUGCUCGUCACCCGCUGCAGGGAGCUGAGAAGGAAGGUCUGCAGGGGUUCUUCAAGGGUGUUGGAAAGGGUGUCCUGGGUCUGGCUACCAAGCCGGCUAUAGGAGCCUUUGAUCUUGCGUCCAACCUUGCUGAGGGAGUACGAAACACAACGACGGUCUUUGACUCUGAGGGUCUUGACCGCGUUCGCCUUACUCGCUUUAUUGGAACCGACGGCAUCGUGCGGCCAUACUCACAGCGUGAAGCACUGGGCCAGUUCUGGCUCAAGACCACGGACAAUGGCAGAUAUUUCAACGAGGACUACAUUGCGCACCUGGAACUCCCAGGUAGAGACAUGCUAGUCUUAUUGACGUACAACCAAAUCAUGCUUGUCCGCACCAAGAAGCUCGAAACGGAAUGGGACAUCCGCUUGACGGAUAUCCAAACCAUUUCGAAGGAACGCACGGGCAUGAGCAUCACGCUCAAGGGCGGUGCCAAUGGUCCCUUCAUCCCUGUGCAAGAUGAGAGCUCGAGAAACUGGGUGUAUCGCCAGAUUGCAGUCGCUGUCAACGCGUUCAAUGAGAAAUACAAUAACACACGAGCUUGAGCAAGAGCCUCGGACGUCUUGAUUUUUUUCGUUAUGAAGUUAUGUUGACAAUGUCAUUAAAAAAAGGAAAAAAUACGAUAAGCACGGAUUAAGGGAGCAUAAUCUUGGUUUGUUUCUUGCAAUUCAGCCAGCUACAUACCACACUACGCCAGUGUUUUUUCUUUCCUAUUAUGAUGGUGUUGAUGUGAAUACAUAUGCUUAUGUUAGGAGAUAGUUUAAUAAUUUGUUGGUCUAUCUUU